AAGCUCCCAUUGAUCAUGUUCCUCUGUAAUCUCAUUUCGUCGUCCAUGACAUGGAAUCCAUAUCUAGAAUAUCCAGCUUGCUGGAAAGUGGUAUGAACAUUUAUUUUCCCGUUUGACACUUCAAAAAUAUAAAUUUUGUGACGAUGUGGCAUAAUGAUUUCAUGCUAACAGCGACAAUAGCGAGGGAACUCACACUCGAUGCUGCGCAAUCUGCGAGGAGCUCUCGAGGAGCAGGGGCUCUGAAGACAUUGCCGCCCCAGCAGAUUAAGAAAUUAUUGGAUAGUAGACAUGAUCGGGAGGUGUUGGAAGGGUUGAGGAAGGUCAUCUCUGUAUGUUUGCCCGAUUAUCGAUGCGCAUUUCUGCCAGCUUGACACGAAGUGGAAUUCUAGGCUUGGAAGGACAGAGAUACGCUCUAACAGAUCCCGCAGAUGAUGUACCGUUCCCAACCAUGCCUCACAUUCUUCUCCUCGGUCGUAAAGAAUGUCGCGUCCCCGAAUAUUGAGAUCAAAAAGCUGGUUUACAUUUAUCUCCUCAAUCACGCUGAACAAGAGCCCGACCUAGCUCUCCUCUCUAUAAACACUAUUCAAAAGUCUCUCUCAGAUGGAAACCCACAAGUCAGAGCCCUGGCACUUAAAACUAUGUCUGGAAUUCGUGUGCCUGUUAUCAGUCAAAUCGUAUCGCUGGCCAUUAAGAAAGGGUUAGGGGAUAUGAGUCCAUAUGUUAGGAAGGCGGCAGCUUUAGCCAUACCGAAGUGCUAUAGAUUGGAUCCAAAUACUCUCCCGCAGCUACUAGACUACCUGUCGACAUUACUUGGGGACAAACAAUACUAUGUAGCCGGCGCAGCAGUCACUGCAUUUCUGGAAGUGUGUCCCGAUCGCCUUGACCUUAUUCACAAGCAUUAUAGAGGUCUCAUAAAAAAGCUAGUAGACAUGGACGAAUGGUCACAAAUGGCAACCCUUCAGCUAAUGGCCAUCUACUCUCGCAAAUCUUUUCCCAAGCGCACCCGGCGCGUCCGCAAAACCACCUCCAAGAGCAACGGAAACCAACAAAAUUUCUACGCAGAUUCCGACGCCGAACAAGAGGAAACCGAAGAAACCGGCGAAACGGUCCAAGUUCUCGACCCAGAUCUAGAGCUUCUCCUGAAAAGCAUCAAACCCCUUCUUCAAUCCCGCAAUUCUGGUGUCGUGGUAGCUGUAUCCCGCUGCUAUGUGGCUCUCGGAACACCAGACUAUAUAAACCAUUGUAUUGGCCCUCUUAUUGCUCUACUACGCGGCCCCUCAGAUAUACAACACAUAGCACUCUACAACAUCGUCUCCGUGUGCCUCAUGCGCCCCGAGGCGUUCGUAAAAUACGCCUCACAUUUCCUGGUCCGAUCAACCGAUCUCCCACAGGUAUGGGAACUCAAACUUGAACUGCUUACUCUGAUAUUCCCUCAUUGUGAUGCCUACAUGAAGAGUCUAAUACUCAACGAGCUGGAACAUUUUUCCCGCGGCUCGGAUCGAGAAUUGGUGAGAGAGUCAGUGAGGGCCAUUGGUCGAUGUGCACAAAGUGAUUCUAGGACAUCGGCAAGAUGUUUACGUUUAUUGUUGAAGCAAAUCACCAGUCUAGAUGGAAACCUAGUCGCGGAGUCACUUACUGUAAUCAGGCACCUUAUUCAACAGGAUCCAACAUCACAUACACAUACCGUUAUUCGCUUAGCCAAAAAUCUAGACACAGCUACAAAUUACAGGGCUCGAGCUACUAUUAUUUGGCUCGUGGGAGAAUUCGCCGGCUUUGAUGGAGAAAAUAAUAUCGCACCUGAUGUUCUUCGCAUUUUGGCUAAAGGCUUUGCUGAUGAAGCAGAGCCUGCGAAAUUACAAAUUGUUCUUCUAGCUGCUAAAGUCUAUCUACAUCAUUUGAAUCGGAACUCCCCAGAACCAGAACCUCCCAAACCUUUACCAGCUCCCCAACCUUCCCACAAUUACGCCGGCAUUGAAGAAGAAAAUGAAGGAUUCGCAUCCCUUGACUCACCUCCACAAACCUCCUUUUCCCCACCUCCCGAACCGGAAUCCGAACCUGAUCACCCUAUCGUCAUCCUCUGGAAUUACAUCCUCCUUCUUGCCCGUUACGAUACUUCAUACGACCUCCGCGACCGUACGCGUCUCUACAAAUCUCUUCUCGCCAUCCCAUCAUCCACUCAACUUGCAUCGCUCAUGCUUCUUGCUCCUAAGCCCAUCCCGCAUACUCCUAGUCCCUCCGAAAGCCGCACUAGCUUUACUCUGGGAAGCGCCAGUCUCGUUGUUGGCGAUGAAGGUGGUAUGCAUGGACUAAAAGGCUACGAGGCGCUACCUCCAUGGGUAGCAGCUGGCUCUGAGCCGGAUCCAUCGUUGCGAGAACCUGAUUCCGCUCGGAAUGAAUAUGAAGAAAAGAAAGUCCUAACUGCAGGACAGAUAUUAGAUAGUGCGGUGAAAGACUUCAGGCCCGGGGUUUCGCCAUCUAGGACGAAUGGGUUUAAUGCUGGAGGUUCUGGCCCUAGCACAGCUCCAGGAAAGGAGAAAACACUUGAUGACUGGCUAGCCGAGUCGGAAGAAGAGGAAAGUGAAGAGGAAGAAGAAGAUGACGAUGGAGAAUCCGGGGGAACGGAAGAAGAGGAAUCCGGAGAGGAAGAAUCCGAGGAAGAGGAAGAAGAGGAAGAGAGUAGCGAUGAUGAUGGGGAGCACAAUAGACUAGUUAAAUAAGUGAUAUCCCGUUGCGAGCCACUGGCUACGCUACCUUUAUAAUACACCAUUAACUGACGAUGGAUGGCCUUACACUAGGAGGCUUAUGAUUACACCUCGCACAAUACAUCUUACGCAGGCAUGAAAAUACUUAGUCACAAAAACAAUAGAAUAAUAUCAAUGAAUGUGGAAUUUAAAGAUCAUUGUUUGAUGAAG